AAUCCAUGUAUCAAUGUCAUGUUAUAUUAAAUUCUAUAUCAUCAAGAUCUAAUAUACGACUAAUUGUAGAAGGUAUGAAAAUGAGAGAUUAGAUGGGAUUAUCUAAUAAUAGUGGAUAAUGAAACAUUUACUUUGUAUGCUUGAAUAAUAAACUCCAUUAAUACAAUUGACAGUGUUUAUGAUAUAGAAAGUACAAAGGAAAUAUGAAUAAUUACUCAUCACUCUCAGUAGGUAUACCGUGUUUGAUAGAAAACAAAGAAAGUCUUUUCGUUAUGUUUUAAACGUGUACAAUUUGUAUAUUCUUUUGUUUCUAUCAGAAAUGAAGCCGAUUAAUUGAUUUUGUGAGUCUUCACAUUUUUUCCGUGCAUCAUGAACAAAAUGAACACAAAAGUAGAAAACUUCAUGUUUUAGGAAAGACAUUAUCUAAUAAUUGGUUUCGUGUUCUAAACAUUGUUUGUAAGUUAAGAAAGAUUCUGAAUAUAGCAGACGUAUCGGAAGAACUACCGGAGAGUCGACUGAUAAAAAAAAUGAUAAGAGGCAGAUGUAAUCCAAUAGAAUAAACUCUUUCUCCUAGAGCAUUGUACAUCAUAAGUUUGUUUAUUCUUCUCUUAUUUUUCAGACAUAACAGUUAACAUUCAACCGUCCGAUAUUAUUGUAGAAGCUGGUCAAAGUACCCAGUUUAGUUGCAAUUUUACCGGAAAAAAGCGUGUUCGACGCGAAACAGUAACAUGGUUAAAAGAUGAUCAACCUAUCGCUGUUAACCAAGGAGAAAUUAUCUCAACAUCUGAAUAUCCAAAUGUAACAAUGACCGUCUUGAAAAUAUUUUCAUCAAAACCAUCCCAUACUGGAAUUGAAGUUCUUAAUCCAAAUACACAGUUUUGA